GGUUAUUAGUUACAACUAUGACUAUUUUGACGUCUUUUUAAAACCUAGGCCAGCCACUGCUUACUGUCACCCACGGAAGGGCUCUUCCUAACCUUCUCAGACUUUGAGGACCUAUGAUUCUUUGGCAUGAACCUUUGGAAAGUUCUCCAGUGGGGAUGGAGCACUCUUGACUUAAGAAAAAGAUGUGGAAAAAAGACGCCAGAUGGGUGUUCUUCAUGCUAAAAAAAAAAGAGCCGCUAUGACUUUUUUGGCAACGUGGACAGGGGCCAAGCUGAGCUGAACUUGGUCAUGGUCGGUCGUCCAGUGUUUCUCUGUCGUCGGCGAUUUUGCCCCCGGCCCUUUUUGGUGGGCUUGGUGGUGGCGAUCUGUCUAUUCUACCAGACCCUGACACUCCGAGGGACGAGGAAGCUCACAGUUGCUGUCCCUGGGGGUGCCCCCAACACACCCACCGAAACCCAGACAGGAGGAUGCCAAAAAGGAUUCCCGCUGGACAAACAGUGCUUCCUUCUCACCGGUAAUGCACAGGAAAUGAGAAAGAUGGAGGAUUUGGUUGAGACACACUUCAGCAGCCAUGCCAGAAGGGCCACACUCUACCGGCCCCUUUCCUACAGCAAAAGGGAACUUCAGCUCUACCAGCAUGUUCUCAGUCAGCAUCGCUAUCAGGUGGUCAUCGCUGAAGAAAGGUUCGGUGAGCCAGGACCACUAGGAAAAGAUAACUUGGGCUCGUGGGAUCUGCUGAUUUGCCUGUCUUCUGGAAAAGUUGGUGGGAAACCCUGUGUAUCCAUGGAGAACAUGUGCCAGUUAGGUUUACAUCAAAAGGUAAACAUGUUACCAGAAAUACAGCAUCACCUUUGCAGAAAAGAAGGAUUAUGUCAAAUAAUUAGAAGAUUUCCAGAAUUGCGACUUCUGGUGAGCCCCUCUGUGUGUCUGGAUCAGAACAUACAAUUAAAGCUGAGUGCUUCGCGUCACCCUUUAAAAGCUGUGAAGCCUCGAACGUGGAAACCAUGGGACUGGAGCCGUGAACAACUGAAUCAAACAGCUGCCCUUGCUCCAUGGGAAUCAGUCUUUAGAGCGGAAGAUCUAUCUGUGAUUCUUAAAGCCUAUGUUUUGGUAACAUCUUUGACCCCUUUGCGAGCAUUCAUUCAUUCGACUGGCACAGUUUGGAGUCCACCGAGGAGAAAACGCUUCACUGUCAAGCUGCAAACAUUUUUUGAAACAUUCCUGAGAGCGGGUUCACCCCUUCAAGCUUUCGAUCAUAUGAAGGAAGCAAUUAGCAAGCUCCUGCUAGCAGCGGAAGCAUUCAGUGAGACUUCUACUCUGGGACCAAAGGCCUUUGCUAGGUGCAGAUUGUGCUUUCAACUUUUAACUUUUGACAUUGGUUAUGGCAGUGCCCAGCACCCUGUCCUGGUCCAGGUACAUGAACAUUUAAAUUUUCAAGAUGAUGAGAGUAUUGAGUUUGAGGACCAAAACAUAGAAAAACUCCUUUUAAAAGACACUUACAACUUUCUCUUCUCUACUAAAUCUUCAUUUUCUAUAUUUUCUGACAUAUUUCAGAGACCUUCUAGGUCAGAUCAAUUUAAGGGUGAAAAUUAUCAAAAGGAACCAAAUCAAUGCCUGUCUUUAGAGGAGAUUAACUCAAUUAUAACGUUCAUAAAGGAACUUGGGAGCCUGGGACAAUUUCAGCUGCUCUUCCCAUCCACUGCUCCUGGGAUUCAAUCUUUGAUGCGUGAAUUCUAUGAGACGGCAAACCCUACAAGAAAACCUGCAUUGGUCCUAACCCAGUACCAGUCUCUUUUACAUGUAUUUGAACGAUUUCAGCUCCUGAAUAAAAAGGCACAAUUACCUCCAUUGGAAUGGAAUUCUUUCACAGAGAAUGUGACCAUCGAGAAACCACAAGUGUCCUUGGAUGCAACUGAAAAUAAAAAAGUGGUGAUUCCAAAAUUUCUGAGUGACACCAAAGAAAUACACUGUGAUAAUGAUAAAGAUACACAAUGUUAUAUCAAGCAGAUCUUCACACAUCCGAAAUUGGAGCUAAAUCCUGAAUUUAAUCCAAAGAUCAAAGAUUAUUACUCUGAAGUCCCAUUUGAUGUGGUCACGGUGAGAAUCGGAGCAGAGGCUUCGAAGUGUCAGUGCAAGGUGUGCCUGCAGGAACCCGCGGGACCCAGCUUUGCCAACUACCCUCUAGGCUUAGGCAUGAACAAAAUCUCAGUGCUUGUGGUGGAUGAAUCUUCACCACAGGGUGAGAAUCUGAUCACGUACAAACUCACCAUCUAUCGGGAAGACCGGCCAAGUCUACCCUUGUUUGAAGACUUCACAGCAUGUGGUUUUGUGCAAGACUGUGGUUUGCUGAUUCUCCCAGAUGAAACCUGUGGACUGCAGCCCAUUCCCACUGACUACAUAGAAACCAUUUCACAGCCUGCACUAAAGAUUUGUCCAUCUGGGGACAUAAAAGGUCAGUGGAUCGUGCCUUGUCUUAGUUGUUCCGACAACAGGACCUGCGACUGGAGAGAAAUAACUUGGCAGCCCCAUCACUGUCAAUAUGGUGUCCUGACCAAGCCUCAGCUCCAGCAGUGCCUGGGAGGACGGAAGAUUCUUUUCAUUGGCGAUUCCACCAACAGAGGGAUCAUGUACUACCUGAUGGAGAGACUGAAUGAAACCUUGCAGGAAUGGCAGAAGGCCCAUGGCACUAAAUUCUACCACAACGUCAAUGGUGGGAAGACUUUGAUCAGUUAUUCCUACUAUCCCCAGUUCUGGAUAAGCUCUGCAUUGAGACCAACAUUUGAAAAAGCACUUGAGCAUCUCUUGCAAAGAUCACGGCCCCUGGAGAAUUCUGCCCAGACUAUAUUGGUUGUUGGUGGUGUUCAGUGGCUUAAUUCCAAUCACCUGCAAAUUAUUCACAAAGUUUUAAAAAGGCAAAAUUUGCUCAAUAUCAUUGUGAUCAUCAAAACUUUGGGAAUUGGAUUUCACCUGCCCGUGGAUGGAGUGCAUUUCUUAACACAGAGUGAAGUGCAGAGCUUGUGGAAAGAAAAUGUGAUGAUUCUGGAUGCUGCAAAAAGAUAUGGCUAUGAAGUGGUGGACACAUUCUCCAUAACAAUGGGAAGACACAAGGAGUUUUUGCAGGGCAAGUGUGGAUGUCAUUUCCAUGAGGUAGUGAAAUCAAAGCUUGACAAAGAAUUUCACUCUAUUAAAAUGAAACUAUCAAGAAAUCAUAUUGUGGGAAAAUAUUUCAGCAAUCAAAGCAAACGACAACAAGACUCCAUAACAAAUUCUCAGUCACCCUAUAACGUCAGAGGGCCAAUCAAUCAGGUUUACUCUGAGAUUCUCCUCAGCAGGAUGUGUGCACGUGGAAGAUCUGCAUAGACCCCUUGCAAGAGGAUCGAAGGUGGAUGGAAGUCAAACCGCUUACCUGGAUGCUGGUCUAGCAAUCAAAUUCUUGCAUCUCGUGUCUUGUGGAGCAGCCACAGAGACUCGGACACACAGCACACGCAUAUGCACCAACAAGCACUCACAUGGCUUAAAGAACAUUCACGUAACACCUUUUCCCUCCAGCUUGAUGAAAUGAAGAUGUGCACAUGAAAACCAUUUGGUUUCAAGGUGAAAGAGUUAGAAAAAUGUUACUUGAAGUAUCAUCAUAAACUCCCAUAGAACCACUGUGGGCCAGGCGUUGCAUUGUGACAACAGAAAGAAAUGCGGACACCUGAGUUUUGUGGAAGAAAGAGAAUGUUCUAGAAUGUUCUUUUCUCCAGCAGUGCAUGAUUGCUGAAUAGGAGAAAAGCAGCCACAUUCCGCUGGCCCUGAGUGUUGUUUGUGUCUUUCACAGCUAGGGUAGUGUGCGUGAUAGUGUAAGAUGUGGACCUAGCAUUUAUGACAAACGGUUUUCCUAUAUUUUUAUAAUAGGAUAAUUAAAAGGAAAAGAGCAGGAAUGCUCCAUAAGGGAAUUUAAAGAGACUGUAUGAGAGAGAUAGACAUGUGCUAUUUUACAGUUAAAAUGCCAAGAUAUUUAAUUUGCACUCUUCGUACUUUUCCUAAACAUUCCCUCCUAUCCGCUCUGUGAUGUUGGAUGGGUAGACGCAGUCUAAACUGAUUAAAUACAUAAUUAUAAACUGAGGAGCAAAAUGUCAUUCCUCAUGCCUUACUUUAUUAUGCUUCAUUGAUGGUAUAACUUCAGAAGGCUUUUGUUGCCUUUAAGCCCUAGGUAUUUUAAGAUUACAGUUACAUUUUAAGUAAAUAUUUUGCAACGGAUUAGGUAUUAUCAAGUUCAUAGU